UCACUGUACUUGACUCACUUUCGCUACAUGCUUGUUCAUAGCUUUUGCAACUAGCCUACCCGUUUUGUAGCAAAUAAACAACCACGCUUUGGAGAUGAACAGACUUUAGUAGUUUACACGGAAGGUCACAAAUCCCCAGAGCGAAGGUCAUGGGGUCAGCGAUGACUUGAUGUAACCGGUUCUGUUCUGCACGUAGUUGUGCGUAGCGACGCCCGAUUUGUGAACGAAUCGUUCUUUUGAGUCGGAUCUCUGCAACGAAUCUCAACUCCAGCUCUGAGAACAGAUUGAAAGAGACGGUUUAGCGUAUUUCUCUUACUGAAGCUUUCUGGCUAAACCUGAUAUCGUUGGCUUGUUCUUCUCUUGUCUCUUUGAACAAAAGCGUCUGCUAAAUACAUAAAUAUAAAUGUAAUAAAAGUAAUAGUAUGCUAUUCCAGCCAAUCACUUUUAUAGACGUAUGAUUUGCAACGAAAUACUUGUAAAGAACAUUUCGUAUAAUGUCAACGUAUAACGUAUAACGCCGCGCCAGAAUAACACGAAUCAUAACGUAAAAGAAUCACUGAAUUGAUUUGGUUGAACCAGUUCUUUCAUAUGAACCGUUUGAAAGAACCGAUUCGCGGAAAUGAGUCGGACUUCUCUUUGCUAGACACGUAAACCAGCUCGUACACUACACAACGACAGUUUAGUUGCGUGAGGUUAUCUCAGUCAAAACGCCGUGAAUCUGUUGGAGUUAAACUGGACUGUAUUUUCGCACUGUGUCGAGCAGUUUAUGUGUUGAAACGGUUUAAACUGCAGCAUGUUUGUGCCGGGCGCAAGUGAACAGGAAUGUGAAGCUAGCUUCGAUAAGUGAACUCAAAUGUUUUUGCAACUGAAGCAGAGAAACUGUUGUCUGGAAGAUGUAACUGCAUGUCCUUACUGCAGUCACAUAAAACUAAAGAUUUGAGGUCGCAGGUAUGUUUAAUUAUCCGGUCUUUAGUGUUUCGACAUCGACACAGUUUAAAGUUGUGGAGUCGAUCGGCUUGUUCAGACAUGCUAACCGACGCCGUUUCGCAAGGAAAAUGCUUUUAUAGCUCAAAAAUAAACGAAACCCCAAUGCCGCAAUAAUAUUUUUAGUUGUCGUUUGUAAUUUUAAUAAAAAAUUGCAUUAUCUUCCUGCCAUUUGAGGUAUUUGUACGGGUGUGGCCGCAGGUUGUGUUGUGGUUGAUUUGCUCUAAUACAAACACGCCUUAAUACAGGUCUGUUGAGGUGUAAUUGUUUAGAUGCCUUCUUAUACUUGUGGCAGUGUAAAACUUUGUAUGUCGUCUUAAAGCAACACUCAAAGUCGUUUGUUGACUCUUUAAUAGCUAUACAAUUAAUCAAGAGCUAUCUGUGCGUAUUAUUGCUUUAUACUAUAGUUAUUAAUGUGUAAUUAUCAAUUAUAUUAGCUUUCCCCCCACACCCUGACAUUUUAUUAAUGUUAUAGCGUUUUAAUUUUCUCCUUUUUGCAUUAUAAAGUAAUAGUGCCGACAUGACCGCAGUUGUCGGGCGAGUUUGGGGGUGGGUCAGUCCAGCGAAUCUGUACUCCUCCUGGGGCAAUAAGACCAAACCUGAGAAACCCCCAACAACGGAGAUUCAGACUAGAAGCAGAUGGGGCUUAUGGGGAAUUACUGCCUGGGUUUGGAGGGGCGAGAACACCAAAAAGGACCAAAAGACAAUCACUGAGGAAUUCUGGGAGACCGAGGAGACUAUCAAGCCGUUGGAAGUUGAAGAGCUGAGGGCUGAUGUUGAGACUGAGAAAGCAGCCGCCCAAAGCUCCUCGCGCUGGUGGAACCGAAUGCUUCCAUCCAGAUACUUUUUCUGGCCCCGGUGGUCGUCGUCGUCCACUGCGCUCCGCCAGCGGAAAUGUGCCGGGUGGAGUGAAGGUACAUGGGACAGCGAUGAAGUCGAUGGGCAGUCGGACUAUGGGACGCCUCCGCCGUCCCCCACGCCACAGAAAUCUGCAUUCCAGUUCUUCUCUCGCUCGUGGACGGGGGAAAUUGUGCCUGAGCACUAUGAUAUUUGCUUUAAUUUCCUCCGCCACCUCUUUGACUUGUUCGUGGUGGGCUUCCUGACCACCAUAUCCCCUCCGACCAAAUUCAUUUUGGACGUGCUGGGGGUGCAGGGGGCCCUGAAGCUGUGGCUCCAUGGGAUGGCCAUGUUUCUGGUGUCGUCUGUUGGGAUGGCCGGACUGCUGUGGGUGGUUCAGGAGUACCUGUUGCAGUUUGCAUUGAUCUACGGUAUCGUGCAAGCGUUGGUCAUCUCUGUCAGUGUAUGCCAGAGUGAAGCUUCGGCAGAGGGGGAUGAUGGGAAAGGUGAUGGAGAGGUCAAAGAGAGCGAGGAGGAACAGGACAACAUAUGGGAGCAGAAUGAGCCACAGCAGACAGCUGACGAAAGCAAGAAAGCAGUUAAACAAAGGAGCUAAAGUGUAUUUUUGCCUAACCUUUGCCGUGGACCCAAAUCUUUCACCCAGAGAAAAACAAGUGUGACAUUUUCAGAGAGCUGUGAAACCUGCUUGUGGUUUUAAACCGUACAUCAUUUCCCUGCUGAUAUAUUCUCUGUUUCUCUGGGAUGCAUUUUCAGAGACUGCCUUCCUCCCCCAGAGUGACUGUUUAUGGUGCUGUCUUAAUGCAACUAUUUUUUUUUUUUGUGCACACAUGUAUGUUUUGUCCUCUUUGGUUUAAAGGGGGUAGUUCAUCCAAAAAUGAAAAUCGUGUCUUCAUUUAAUCACUUUCAUACUGCUUCAAACUGUCUUUCAAAGAUUUUAACUUUCAGUUUCACACAAAACGAGAAACUAUGAAACCUAUGCUGCCUUUUUCUUCCUUGCAAUUGCAAUGAAAGUGGAUGCAAAAGCACAUUAAAACAAAUAUCAUAAAUACGACUCAUUCGCUAUAUUGCAAGUAUUCUGAAGCAGGGCUGGGGUAUAUGACCAAAAAUAUUAUCACAAUACCUUUUGCCAUGUCAUACAAUAUCAAUAUUUAUGAUGAUAUUUACUAUUAAUGGGGAAGAAAAUGUUUUUCACAUUUUUAUCAGACCUUAAAAAUGAAUGUUAAUAUAACUUGGUUUGUUCACAAUUAAACUCCGCAGAGUGGAGCUACCUUUUAAUUUAGGGCCCCAUAAAAUCAGUUUUGUUUUUCCCUAAAUUCUGUUUGUUUUCCAUUAAAUUUUGUUCUGGUUUCUGUGUUUUAUGAUUCAAGUUGAUCAAGUGUUAAAUUAAUAAAACAUUAACAAUUUAAUCAAUCUUUUAAAAUGCAAUCAACAAUUCAUUUACAACAAAACAUUGCAUUUUAAUUCAUCAAAAGAGUUAGAUUAAUCAAUAUCAAAUAAAAGCCUCCAGCACUUAUCAACAUAAAUUUUAUUGCAAUCUCGAUAUUAUAUCAUUGAUCUCUCUGCCCUAUUCUGAAGUUAUAUGAUAACUGUGUGACAAACAGUCCCAGUCAGAUUUGAAUCAAUAUUGACUUAAAACUAUUCUUUCCAGCAUAGCUCAACAUCAGGGUGAGUAAAUUAUGGCAGAAUUUUCAUUUUUGGAUGAACAGUGUUUUUUUCCAAGUAGAACACACAAAUAUCAGGCUUUUCUCAUAUUGCAAUGAUGGAAAAUUUCUCUGCUUC